GUCACAGCGUGGGCUUCGCUGGGAAAGGAGGGCGGGCGGGUAGACCUCCUGAUCCCGCUGGUGAAGACCGGGAAUCUAGGUCUCGAGACUACGAUCGGCGAGUCUUUCUACAACAUGCACGUUCCAGGCGGUCUCUACGUCAAUUACAUUGUGGGCUUUCUCAUGGGCUGUGUGGUGCCGUUUGUGCAGCACACCUUGGUCGCCAAGAUUAUCUACGUCUGGCGGGCCCUCCCUGGCUGCUUGCUCUAUGCACUGAAAGUGAUUCUUCCCUGGGCCCCUGCUGACAUCGACGUCUACCCACGCUUCAAUGCUGAGAAGGCCAUCGAGGCUCCAGAGAACGGCAUCGCCUGGGACUACUGUGCGUUCAUCGUGCACAUUGCCACGGCAUUCAGUGUCACGGCCAUCAUCACGGAGUCUGUGUGGAGACUCUUCAUGAUGCUGACAUUCUGGUCGGUGUUCUACUGGUACUGGUCUCGGUUCAUGCAUCUUCGGGUGCAGUCUGCGUCCAAUUUCAAUGGCCACCUGCUGGACACGACAGCAUGGCUCUUCUGGGGUUUCCCCCAAAGCUGCCUCGCGGGCUCGGCAUUCAUCUGGGCAGUGAGGUCGGAGGUGGUGGCCUUCGAGUCGACGCUCUCAGCUGUCCUAUCACUGAUCUUGGUGAUGGCAGUGGCUUCCUGCCUCUGGAUGCUGGCCUACCUCCUGGUGGCGCAGCCCUGGAGACGACCUGAUAUCCCACAGUCCAGCGUUCAAACCGUGGAGGAGGUGAUGCAGCACAAGCCCUACACCUGGUAUAACUGCAAUCCGGUCUAUGUUCUGAAAUGCGCAUACACGAAGGACAAGAAAGACGGCGCAGUCGAUGAGUUCACAAAUCCACACUCUGCUCGGGAGAACGAGGAGAAGGCACUACUCUACACGCGGGGGAAAGAGUACCUUUUCAUGCAGCGAGACCAGCAGCACCACGUCAUGAAGAGGCUGCACGACCGACUGGAGUUCGAAACUUACAUGGAGAUCCUUUUCGAGUAUUGUCACUACUUCGCGAACUGCUUCUGCUUGGGGAAGGGAAAUCCGGCACCGCCUGGCGGAUACGAAGCGCUGAAGGCCGUCCUUGCAGGAGAUGACACCGGAAGUCGUUCCUUGGGGAGGUCCCGCUCGGCCACCUUGGCCGCCCAUGGGCCCUGA